AUGUUUCAAUUUUGGGAGAAGUUCUGUAAUAUUCGCUACCUUAUUGGCAGCCUGAACUUCAACACAGGUGCCUGGGGCUACUUCAACAACUUGCUACAAUAUCUCGGCCUCUACCAAUGGCCAAGCAAGGCAGCAGGACAGAUUGACACCUAUCCAUCUCCAGAUAGCAACGUUAUAGACGGCGCCAAGCUUCACGUUGACAAUAUAUCCUGGGAUACUACAGAAGACACGCUUUUACAAGUAUUCAGCGAAUACGGCGACGUCACAGAUACUGUCGUAAUGCGCGAUACCGAAACGGGUCACUCACGACACUUUGGGUUCGUUACGUUCAGCACGUAUGAAGAAGCAUGCGACGCCCGACAAGGGCUACAUAAUGAGGAGGUUGAUGGGCGUCGCCUCAGGGUGAGGGAGGCUCCCAAAAGAAGACAAGAGGGCCAAGAGAGUGACAAAUACAAGAUGGCUUAG